AUGACGGUCGCAACUACGACCGAAACCGUCCCGGGCAUGGUGCUCGGGGCGCAAGACGUCCAGCUGAAGAACGCAUCCGGUGCUAACGAUCUGAACAACAACUUUAACGGGAUGAGCGACAGCAAGGGCAUCACCGAUCAGGAUCUGGACAGCUAUCUGCAGCACUACAACAAGUGGCAGCAGAGCCGAGCCGGUCGUGCCCUGCAACAGUGGAUCGCGGAUCAUUUGGGGUUGAAGUUUGAUGCCGAGAUCAAGUGGAAGAAUGUCGCGAUGAUCGGUGGUUUGCACCUGACAACGGUGGUGAUGUUCUUCAAGUACGUCUGGUACUCGACGCUUACGACGUGGAUGUGGGGUUUCUUCGUGGGUGGCUGUGCUGGGCUCGGUGUUACAGGUGGAGCCCAUCGGCUGUGGACACACCGGGCGUAUAAGGCGAAACUACCCCUGCGCAUUAUCCUGAUGUGCUGCUACUGCAUGGCGGGUCAGAACAGUCUGUACGAUUGGGUGCGCGAUCACCGCAUCCAUCACAAGUACUCCGAGACGGAUGCCGACCCGCACAACUCGAACCGGGGAUUCUUCUACGCCCAUGUUGGCUGGCUGCUACUCCGGAAGCACCCGGAAUGCAUCAAAAAGGGCCGGCUGAUCGAUAUGUCGGACGUGCUUGGUGAUCCCGUGAUCCAGUUCCACCAGCGGUACUUCAUGGCGCUAAAGUUCCUGUUCACGUUCAUCAUACCGUCCAUGGUGCCGUGGUUGUUCCUUGGAGAACCGUUGUACCUGUCAUUCCUCGCCAACUGUCUGCUGCGGAACGUGCUGACGCUUAACUUCACCUGGCUUGUGAACAGUGCGGCCCACAUUUACGGUAACAAGCCGUACGACAGCCGCAUCCGACCGGCGGAGAACAAAGCCGUCUCGAUCGUGGCGAUGGGUGAAGGAUGGCACAACUAUCACCACGUGUUCCCGUGGGACUACAAAGCGGCCGAACUGGGCAAUUACUCCGCCAACGUGACCACAUUCUUUCUGGACGUGUUCUCCAAACUUGGUUUGGCGUACGAUAUGAAGGAACCGUCGAAGGAACUCGUUCGCAGGACGCUGGAGAAGUACGGCGAUGGUACCCACAUCACGACACCGAUCGGACACCUGAAGGAGGUUCCCGAGGAGGAACCGGCCAAGAGCAGAUGAGUCCGUAACGUCACACCCUCGAUCUGCUAGAUCGGUGGAAGAUGCAACAACACGACGCAUGGGGAAACUACUCGAUUUCACAACCGGAAACUGAUACUGAAGCACACCCCAUCCCCCAUGUGCGUCGUGCGUGCUCGAGACACACACACACACACACGCAAAUAGGCCGUACGCCGUAGCCACACCAAAUUAACCUCCAAUGAUCGGGCGCUUUCGGCGCCAUCUUUUGGAGGGGAGCAUCUCAUUCUGCGAACUGACACGUGCAAGGGCGUAACGGAGGACGGAACCUAGCGGAGCGGGUUGAUUUAAGCGAUUGGGACUAAGCUUUUUUAUUUUUUUAAUUAAAUAAACAAUCUAUAGACUGCCUGGAG